AUGAGUGAACCAGAGGAAGAGAGAGGAAAGUCUCCAACAUGUCUGUCUGGGAAGAGCGACCAAGAUGACCCUUCAGUCUUCAGUAAUGAACCUGGACCCCCAGACACAAAAGAGAGGAAGAGGAGGGCUGGUUCUGUAGAGGAGCAGCUGUCCUGCUGUUCUUUGUGUCAGGAUGUCCUGAAGGAUCCAGUCUCUACCAUCUGUGGACACUGGUUCUGCAGACUGUGCAUCAUCUCAUACUGGGACCAGUCUGCUUCAUCAGGAGACUCUUCCUGUCCCCAAUGUGGAAAAAGAUCCAGAACAGGAACAGGACUGCAGACAGACAGUCAGACCAGCACUGUACAAACAGAAAGUGGUCUGCAGGAGGUUUUAGAUGAACAUCAGAUCAGUCUGAGCAGCACAUGUGAAUGUGUGACUCAAGGUACUGAUGAAAAAGGAAGUGAAAUCCCCCUCAACAGCAUCUUCACUGAGGUCUACAUCACAGAGGGACAGAGUGAAGAGGUUAAUACCCAACAUGAGGUCAGGCAGCUUGAAAUAGCUUCCAAGAUGGAGACCCUUCAUGACGCUCCAAUCAAGUGUCAGGACAUCUUUAAAGUCUUACCUGACCAACAGAAACACAUCAGAGUGGUUCUGAUGAACGGCGUCGCUGGUGUUGGAAAAACCUUCUCAGUGCUGAAGUUCACUCUGGACUGGGCACAGCGCUCCGAAAACCAAGAUAUCAGUCUGCUGAUUCUGCUUUCGUUCAGGGUGCUGAACUUGAUCAAAGAUAAGCAGUACAGUCUGCUCAUGCUGAUCCAUGUUUUCUAUCCAACAUUACAGAAGCUCACAGCAGAGAUGCUCGCUGUCUGUAAAGUUCUGUUCAUCUUUGACGGCCUGGAUGAAAGCAGACUUUCACUGGAUUUCAACAACAGUGAGGUCGUGUUUGAUGUCACACAGAAGUCAUCAGUCAGUAUGCUGCUGACAAACCUCAUCAAGGGGAAGCUGCUUCCUUCAGCUCUCAUCUGGAUAACUUCCCGACCUGCAGCAGCCAAUCAGAUCCCACCUUCAUGUGUGGACAGGGUAACAGAAGUACGAGGCUUCACUGACCCCCAGAAGGAGGAGUACUUCAGGAGGAGAUUCAGUGAUGAAGAGCAGUCCAGCACAAUCAUCUCACACAUCAAGACAUCCAGGAGCCUCCACAUCAUGUGUCACAUUCCAGUCUUCUGCUGGAUCACUGCUACAGUUCUGGACCACAUGUUGACUACAGACCAGAGAGGAGAGCUGCCCAAGACUCUGACUCACAUGUACUCAAACUUCCUGCUGGUUCAGACAAAGAGGAAGAAGAACAAGUAUGAUGAGGGACAUGAGACGAGUCCACAGGAGCUGAUGGAGGCUGACAGGGAAGUUCUUCUGAAGCUGGGGAGGCUGGCGUUUGAACAGCUGGAAAAAGGAAACAUCAUGUUCUACCAAGAAGACCUGGAGCAGUGUGGUCUUGAUGUCACAGAGGCCUCAGUGUUAUCAGGAGUUUGUACAGAGAUAUUCAAAAGAGAGAGUGUGAUCUUCCAGAAAACAGUCUACAGCUUUGUUCAUCUGAGCGUUCAGGAGUUUCUGGCUGCAGUCUACAUGUACCACUGUUACACCAGCAGGAACACAGAGGUAGUGAAGGACUUCCUGGAAGAUGAUUACCAUUUCCCAUCUCUGGAUGACUUCCUGAAGGGAGCCAUGAAGAAAUCUCUCAGAAGUGAAAAUGGCCACCUGGAUCUGUUUGUCCGCUUCCUUCAUGGCCUCUCUCUGGAGUCCAACCAGAGUCUCUUAGGAGGCCUGCUGGGUCAGACAGACAACAGUCCAGAAACCAUCCAGAGAGUCAUCAACAACCUGAAGGAGAUGAACAGUGAGCGUAUCUCUCCUGACAGAAGCAUCAACAUCUUCCACUGUCUGAUGGAGAUGAACGACCGCUCAGUACAUCAGGAGAUCCAAGAGUUCCUGAAGUCAGGGACCAGAUCAGAGAAGAAACUCUCUGACAUCCAUUGCUCAGCUCUGGCCUACAUUCUGCAGAUGUCAGAGGAGGUUCUGGAUGAGCUGGACCUGGAGAAGUACAACACAACAGAGGAGGGACGACGGAGACUGAUCCCAGCUGUGAGGAACUGCAGAAAGGCUCAACUUUCUGGCUGUGGACUCUCAGCGACUCACUGUGAAGUUCUGGCCUCAGCUGUGAAAUCCAUCCCCUCUCAUUUGAGAGAGCUGGACCUGAGCUACAACAAACUGCAGGAUUCAGGGGUGAAGCUACUGUCUGCGGGACUGGAGAGUGCAAACUGUAAACUGAAGACUCUGAGAUUGUGGCACUGCAGUUUGUCAGAGAACAGCUGUGCUUCUCUGGCCUCAGCUCUGAAGGUCAACCCCUCCCAUCUGAGGGAGCUGGAUCUGAGUGACAACAUCCUGCAGGAUUCAGGGGUGAAGCUGCUGUGUGAUCCUCUGCAGAAUCCAGACUGUAGACUGAAGACUCUCAGAUUGAGUCGCUGCUGGCUGUCAGAGAACAGCUGUGCAUGUCUGGCCUCAACUCUGAAGGUCAACCCCUCCCAUCUGAGAGAGCUGCAGCUGAGUGACAACAACCUGCAGGAUUCAGGAGUGAAACUUCUGUGUGUUUUUCUCGAGUGUCCAUACUGUGGACUGGAGUCUCUGGGAUUGAGUUUCUGCCGUUUGUCAGAGAUGGGCUGUGCUUAUCUGACCUCAGCUCUGAAGUCCAACCCCUCCAAUCUGAAAGAGCUGGAUCUGAGUGACAACAACCUGCAGGAUUCAGGAGUGACGCUGCUGUGUGAUCUUCUACAGAGUCCAGACUUUGGACUGGGGACUCUGGGACUGAGUUCCUGCAGUUUGUCAGAGGUCAGCUGUGCCUCCCUGGUCUCAGCUCUGAAGCUCAACCCCUCCCAUCUGAGGAAGCUGGAUCUGAGUAACAACAGGCUACAGGAUUCAGGAGUGAAAGUGCUCUGGGAUUUUCUGGAGAGUCCAGAUUGCAGACUUGAGACUGUGAGGGUUGAGAAAAGACAGACACCUGACAGAGAUGAAGAAUGUCCAUCCACAUCCAAAACAACCCUCGAGGUGUUUGAAGACAACGAAGAGCAGCUGUAUCCUGGUGAUCCAGAGAGGUUGCAGCAGCAGCAGCUCACAUGCAGUGAGAAUCUGACUGGGACAAGUUACUGGCAGGACUUCACACCCGAACUGCUGACAGAGUCUGCAAACAUUUCAUACAGGUUCAAGUGUCCUGGUUCAGGUGUGUUCCACUGUACUUUGACUGGACUGAUGUUUGGUAUGGAUCAGGAGGCGGAGCUGCUGUACAGGACUGUCCAGUGGGAUGAGAGCCUCCUACAACCAGCUGUUAUGAUGGCUGCUGGGCCGCUGUUCAACAUACAGAGUCCUGAUGGUACUGUGAAUCAGCUGCACCUGCCACAUUGUGAAACCAUGGAUGCUCCACUCUCUGAAGGCGUGCUGUCUGUUGUCCACAUCACUGACGAUGGAAUGAGCAUCCUGGAGCCGCUGGAAAUUACAGACACUCAUGUGGUUGUGAAUGUCUCUCACUUCUCCGUCUUUGGCCUGGUCUGGACUCGUAUUAAGAGGCUUCUGAACAUCCCAAUGCCAAUCAGUGGCCAAGUUCUGCUGUUCCUCCGAGCACCAAACCCCAAAACAAAGAGACAGUAUCUUGAUGUGUUUCUCCUGCCGAGGAACAUCCCUCUGCAAGAGGUGAGUGCACAGCAGAGAAAGGCUGACUACAUCAAGGCUCCUCCCAAAUGCACAUUCAUCAAGGAUCAAAGUUACAACCUUCUCUGUCCUGAGGCCUUUAAAAUACAGCCAAAAAAAGCAGAUUUUGACCUGGAGUUUGGACCGAACUACUAUCCAACAUUUGAGAUCCGCCUGCCUAUGGACAGAGACGAAGUGACUUUGAAGAUCCAGGACCAAACCAGUGCAGGGGUCUGGGAGCAUGAAGUGGAUCUGACUGUGCUGCUGCUGCUGCUCACCGCUCGAAUUCAGAGUAGUUCUCAGGAAGAUGAUACUGUUUUUCCUCGUGUUGAUCCAAACCGACUGCAGUUCUUUGAAUAUGAAUCCAUCUCCUUAACAUGUACGGAGUUUCAUGGCCCAACUGAAUGGAGAGUGAUGACGAAGACUCCCUCAAUUGCUUCUCGAUGGGAGACAUCAGCAACUUCCUUGAACAUUGAACAUGCCUUUGAGUUACACAGCGGAGAGUACUGGUGUGAAACUGAAAGAGGAGAGAGAAGCAGUGCUCUCAAUAUCAAUGUCACUGCUGGCAAAGUGAUCCUGGACAUUCCUGCUCUCCCUGUGAUCGAACGACAAGCCGUCACUCUGCAUUGUAGAAAAAGGGAUCCUACUUCCAUGUUCCCUGCUAAUUUCUAUAAAAAUGGGUUCUUCAUUAAGAUGGAUUACACAGGCAGGAUGAACAUUACCGUAACCAAGUGUGAUGAAGGAUUUUACAAAUGUGAAAUGCCUGGAGUUGGGGAAUCACCAGAGAGCCGGCUGGCUGUCAGAGCACAUAACAAAGAAACUCUGAACUCGUCCUCAGUGGAUACCUCCCAUCACACCUGCCAUGCUUACCUCGUUUUACGGACCGUGUUCACCAUGGUGAUGGUGGCUCUUCUGUUGCUGCUGGUGGGACUGCUUCACUUUGGGAAACUCAAACUUGCAUAG